GUUCAUCUGUACUCGCUUUCAAUUGGUUAACAAUUUACGUGUGACAGCCUCAUGAAUUUUGACCAUUCAAGCAAAGUUCAAGUUCGAGUUUACAUUUACCACAUUCCUUGAAUCCUUCACCCAUUUUUGGAUUGGACAGAUUGAAGUAGCGUAUCUAUGCACCUAUAGAUAUUGUUACAAUUUAAAUUCUCCAACCAUUCACAAAGGGCACCGUCCCUCAAUCUCAAAAAUGCCCUCCGUACCCACCCCCUCCAAAGCCGGCAUCGUCGAAACUCAAACCGGCGAUCGUCAUAUCCCCUCAUCAACCCGCGCCGACGGCACAAAACGAAAAGAAAUCAAAAUUCGUCCAGGAUACAAACCACCCGAGGAUGUCGAAGUAUACAAAAACCGCACCGCAGAAACAUGGAAGAGUCGUGGUAGCAGAGGGCCACCCGGCGCAGAGGGCCUAAAGGAUGAUACCAGUACAGUGGGACCUGCAGCCAGCAACAAAAAUGCAAAGAGGAGAGAAGCGAGAAAGAAAGCUGCUGAGAAUUCCAAAGAAGAGAACUGUGAAGUCAAAGGAAGUCAGACUGAUAAUUGGAGGGAUGGGAAAAAGGAUGUUGAGGUUGAGAAGAAGGAAGAGGUUGAUCCGGAGGCGGAGAGGGAAAAGAAAGCAAGAAAUUUGAAGAAGAAGUUAAAGCAAGCUAAGGAUUUGAAGGAGAAAAGUCAGCAGGAUGGUGCUAAGCUACUACCAGAGCAAUUUGCGAAGGUUAUCAAGAUCAAUGAGUUGAUUAGGGAAUUGGAUCAGCUUGGAUUUGACGCUGAUGGCGAGCCGAAGGCCAAGGAUGAUGUGAAAGAUAUUGCGGCAGCGGCAGAGACUUUAUCUUUGGAGGACACGAAGGAGUGAUUUUGAUGUGUUGGUCUCAGUUUGAGCAACAUCGUUUUACGAACGGCGUUAUGUCUGCAUGGGGAAUGGACAAUGGGUGGCAGUUUUGGCGCAUAAGCGUAUUGGGAGUUAUAUACUAUGGGUAGACAGAUCUCAUGAUCA